UUGCCUUGUUGGUCCGAAAAAAACUCGCUUUUUCACCGAGAGCUCCCGCAGCCUUGAGACGAAGGGAGGAGUACAAACAGACUUUCCGCAUCAACUUUCUCACCGACAAAACACUUCAGCGAUGGCGGAGGCCCACCAGGCGGUGGCGUUCCAGUUCACCAUAACACCCGAAGGGAUCGACCUGCAGCUGUCCUAUCAGGCCCUGAACCAGAUCUACCUGUCAGGAGUGCGAUCGUGGAAGAAGCGAGUGAGCCGCAUGAGGAACAGAGUGAUCAAGGGUGUGUAUCCGGCCAGCCCCUCCUCCUGGCUCAUUGUCGUUAUAGCGAUCCUGGCCACCAUGUACAUGCGCUCUGAUCCCAGCAUGGGGCUCAUCACCAAGAUAAAGCAACACCUGCCACUGAGCCUCCACGUGUCCCUCAGUGCCCAGGGUCAGACGAUGUUGUCGGCCCUCGUCUUCAGUACUCUACUGUGGCUCUCCCUCAUCCUCGCGCUCAGGUUCUGCCUCAAGCUGCUGCUCUCUUACCAUCAGUGGAUGUUCGAGCAGCACGGCCGGAUUUCCAACAUCACCAAAGUCUGGGUGACUCUGUUGAGAUUAUUAUCAAGCAGGAAGCCGCUGCUGUACAGCUAUCAGACGUCUCUGCCUCACCUGCCUGUUCCUGCGAUCAAAGACACUCUGAGCAGGUACCUUUUGUCCGUGCGCCCACUGAUGGCUGACCCGGACUAUAAACAAAUGACUGAACUGGCCAAUCACUUUGAGUCUAACCUUGGAAACCGCCUGCAGCGCUACCUGAAGCUGAAAGCUCUGUGGGCCACCAACUAUGUGAGUGACUGGUGGGAGGAAUACAUCUACCUGAGGAGCAGAGGUCCCAUAAUGGUCAACAGUAACUACUAUGGCAUGGACUUUCUGUAUGUGACCCCAACCCCAGUGCAGGCGGCAAGAGCAGGAAACACCAUCACUGCCCUGCUGCUCUAUCGCCGCAAGGUCAACAGGGAGGAACUCAAACCGAGUCGUGUUCCAGGUACUGUUAUCCCCCUGUGUGCUGCCCAGUGUGAGAGGAUGUUCAACACAACACGCACACCGGGAGUUGAGACCGAUGUGCUUCAGCACUGGCAGGACAGCGAGUUUGUGGCAGUGUACAACAAGGGACGCUUUUUCCGCCUGUGGGUGUACCGGGCAGGCCGGCUGCUGUCACCCAGGGAGAUCGAAUACCAGAUCCAGAGGAUCCUGGAUGACCCUUCACCCCCUCAGCCCGGAGAGGAGAAGCUGGGGGCUCUCACUGCUGGAGAAAGGGUCCCCUGGUCUCAUACGAGGAAAGAGUACUUCAGCUCGGGUAUCAACAAGCGAUCACUGGAUGCCAUCGAGAGAGCUGCUUUCUUCGUGACUUUGGACGAUGAGGAACAAGGCAUGAGAGGAGAGGACCCCGCGGGAAACUUGGACCGCUACGCUAAGUCUUUGCUCCACGGGAAAUGUUAUGAUAGAUGGUUUGAUAAAUCCUUCUCCAUUGUGAUCUACAAGAACGGGAAGAGCGGACUGAAUGCAGAGCACUCCUGGGCUGAUGCACCCACAGUGGCUCACCUUUGGGAGUACACCCUGGCCACAGAUGCCUUCCAGCUGGGCUACACCGAGGACGGCCACUGUAAAGGCGAUGUGGACCGCUCACUGCCCCUCCCACAGAGGCUCACUUGGGACAUCUCCUCAGAGGUUCAGGCUCAGGUCAACAGCUCUCUGGCCGUUGCCCAGGCGCUUGCCGAUGAUGUCGACUGCCAUGUGUUUCCCUUCAGAGAUUUUGGAAAAGGACGGAUAAAGAAGCUCCGCAUCAGCCCUGAUGCAUUCAUCCAGAUUGGCUUACAGCUGGCAUACUACAGGGAUCGUGGUGGAUUCUGUCUGACCUACGAGGCAUCAAUGACCCGUCUGUUCAGGGAGGGCCGGACGGAGACUGUGCGAUCCUGCUCCAAUGAGAGCUGUGCCUUCGUGAAAGCUCUCGAGGAUGGAGAGGCAGCGGAGCACUGUAGGCAACUCUUCAGACAGGCUUCAGAGCGACACCAGAACCUUUACCGCAUGGCUAUGACUGGUGCUGGGAUCGACAGACACCUCUUCUGCCUCUAUGUGGUCUCCAAAUACUUGGGGGUUGAGUCACCCUUCCUUAAAAAGGUUUUGUCUGAGCCUUGGCGUCUCUCCACCAGUCAGACCCCUGUUCAGCAGAUGGAACUGUUUGACCUGAAGAACCACCCAGACUACAUAUCUCUUGGAGGAGGGUUCGGGCCUGUUGCUGAUGACGGUUAUGGUGUGUCAUACAUCAUUGUGGGUGAGGAUAUGAUCAACUUCCAUGUGUCCUCCAAAUACUCCUGCACUGAUACCGACUCACACAGGUUUGGAGCUCAGAUAAGUAAGGCUCUCCAAGACAUCAUGACUGUCUUCUCUGCUGACACCAAAACCCCCAAAGUCCCAGCCCAGCCUCAGGCCAAGAAGCUCCUGUGAAAGUGUCUGACCAAUGGGAACAAAGAAGCCCCUCUGGACGUCUAAGCUCAGUGUAGAAGAGCAUGUUGUCUUGAACUUCUAAUCUGUUAUGUAAAGUGUUUAUUGAAGUGACAAAUUGGAUAUAAUGAGUAAAAUGAAAGGGAAAUCACAGUCUACAUCUCUCACCAUAUUUAGACACAAUAAAAACUGUUUUCAGACUGCGUUUAGAAAGAGAUAAACAUUGAGUGAAAACGCAGUGAGCUCUUGUUGAUGUGAGAUAAAAUACCUGCAGCAGAAUUUGAACUUUAUUUCAACUCGGUAAAAAAAUAGAAACAUAUAGACAGUAUGCGCAAUAGAGCGCUGGAACACAUCACCUGAGAGUUAUGAUUUCCAUUCUUCCCUGAAAAAAAAAAGAACUGUCAGCAGGAACUAAUGGAACUAUAUGACAGCUCUUUGGCAUUAAUGCGAAUACUUAUAUCAUUGUUUGUUUGUUCUUGAGUUUUGUGAGUCGUUUCUUAUCUGUCAGAGAUUAAGCUUGGCAACAUGUUAAUGCAAAAUGCUUCCGAUCCCUACUUUCUCAGAGUAUGUGAAACCAAUGAUGCGCCAUUUUUAAGAAAGAGGAAGCGGAGGUCAUCACUUAAUAAGGAGGUCUUUCGGAGGAAAACAUAAGCAGAGGAAUGGGGACAAUUUUCUCCUGCAACAGUGGGAAAAGCAUUAGGCUGCUUGUAGUCAAAGUUUUAAUAAAAAGGGAUAACCUUGCAAUAUGUUAUUAAUGGAGACCACAGAGUGCAUGUCAUAGGCCCUUGCUAAAAGCUUUGGGAAAAGGUCAAAUAUAAGAGGUUAACAAGACUAACAUUUUAAAGGAAUCUCUAUGAAAGGAAAAAGCUCCAGUAAUUUUUUAGAGCCUGACCGAUUAAUCAGCCAGCGGUUAAUAUUGGCCGAUAUUAGCUUAUCCAGUAACUAUCGGUGUCGGCUAAUUUCAUCACACAUAUGCGCUGAUAUAGCUUGAUCUGAUCACCAGUCAAAAAGCAUUUCAUUUGGGUAUCGUUGUAUUACACUAGCAGUUCUUUUUCUGGUUGUCAUCAGCAGAGUGUGCUAUAUGAAUUACACACGUACGUACAUGCGCAGUUACAUUCAGGAUGAGUGACCGUCUUGUCUACGUUAAACUAUAUCUGUAUUUAUCAAUCUCUACAGAUUGAACAUAGAUCGAAGAAGGAUGUCGGUCGGUAUAUCGGUAUCUGAUUUUUUUCCUCUCCCCAAUGUAUCUCCCCAGUGCGAUACAGAUCUUCUGAGGUUAUUCCUCUUACUCGGUGCUUCACCUCGUGCCUCAGCCUGCCUGUAAAACCUGACACCAGUCUAUAAUCGACUCGUUGCCUUACACUACUCCACUGUGACUCAUUCACUAUGUUGUCACAUAAUAUCUAGUCCAAUAAGUGAUGGAGCAGCGCUCUCAGGCUUUCAACUAUUUGGAUUUUGAACCUCUUGCAAUCAAAUCAAGCAAAGCUAUGAUCAGUAAGAGGUGGACAGCUCUCUUUGUGGUUACACUAACUGUUAAUGGCUCUUAUUUUCUAGGUCAGUUAUACAGCUGCUGUUUUAACUCUUGGUAUAUAAUGAGGUUUCAACUUUUUUUGAUGAAUUUUUAGGUAUUUUAGUUUUAGCUAAAAGUAAAAAAUGCUACCAUAUCUAAAUACUCUAGACAAAGUAAAAGUCCUGCAUCAAAAAAUAAUUUAUUUUCCUCUGAAAUAAAGUAAAGAAAAGGUAAAAAAAAAAAAGAGAGAGAAGAAGCUAAAGCACUCAUAUUAUUAGCAUACCAUCACCUAAAAUGUGUGCCUCAGUCCAGUACAUGUUUGUAUUUGCUUCAGUUCACACUCUGGUUGUCCUUAUCAAGUGAGUCAUUAAGACGCCAAUGUUUGUUUAUCAGUUUCUUUGAGACUCUGCAUUGCAGUGGUUUUAAACUGAAAGUGUCUAAAAGGGAGAGUCCCUGACUUGUUGUUUCCGACGAUGACUUUGGGCUUUAAGUGUAGCGACCUUGUGCAAGCUGGCAGCCUGCCAACAGUUGUCUUUUUUUCUUUUCUUACUAAGCUUUGUGUUGUAGUAGUGCAGUGUUCAAACAAGAGCCCUGGGAACAGUUGAUACAUGAAGAAUGUUGAGAGUUUCUGUCAGUAUGUUACAUUUAGAUUCAUCAAAAACCUCAUGACUUUUAGAAGUUUACUUUGAGUUAAUGAAGAAACGGUCAACAAUUCAAGAACUUCCUCUCAUGACACAAAUUGAUUUCAAAAUUGGACAACCCUUAAAAAUUCAAUAUUUUUCUUUCCAGCCAGUUUUUGAUCUUGAUCAGGUGAUAACCUAACUGUGAACUUCAGUUUAUUGAUGGAUAGCCCCUUGAGUUGAACCAUCUCGUUUUUUUAGGGGGUCCAUACCUAAUAACGCAACUCUCAGAGGUUUAUUUAUAAAUGUGUUGAUUUUUUUAGUGAGUUCCCCUGCUCCUCAGACACAGUUGUGAUUUACUGCUGUUGAAAGAAACCCACCCAAGGUGUGGCGUUGUUCUUUCUGGCACUGAUCCUGGUAAGUAAUUAUAUUUUACCAGGUGGAAAGUGAAAGGGAGAAAAGGCUUCUGCUCACUAUUCCACUUUAACACAGACACACAGCAGUAUGUGUUAAUGUUCUUGUUCUUGUGUUUCAAAUACAUGGGCCAGACGUGGCCAUCGAACAGGCCGGGGGGGUCUGGCACAGUGUAGUUCCUAGAGCACUGUGCCACAAACUGCUCCAACAUGAAACAGAGCACCUCUGAUUCUUUAGAAGACAUUUUUAAACUUUCUGAUGAUGAUGAAAAUACUUUGUUUGUAAGGUUUGGCAUUACACACGUGUGCCUGAGUUUAUUCAUUCAAUAAAACAAUAAAAAUGCAAUCUCUAAUCCUCUGUGUGUGUAGAUGAGAAUGUACUAAAGUUACUCAGUUUAUAUUGUUACUGGCAAGAUGUGCUGCCAUGGGCAAGGAAGUAGUGGUUAAAUAAAAAAGAUCAAGUCAACUAUUAACCCCUGAAUAUUUAGAGACUUAGAAACACUUCAUAGUGGCUUGUUUUACUAUGGCGGAUAUAAUCUUAAACUACAUCUUUGUUCAUGUUUCCAACUCUUUGCUCCAGUAUUGAUCUGUACUCGGCUUGUUGGCUUAAUAUUUUGUUAACAUCAGACCACAUGUGGCUUCUCAGGUUCAACAUUUAGCGGCUCAUUUCCCAAACUGUUGACUGCCAGAGCAGUCUAUGAUGUUGAGAGCAGAUUUGUACACUGCUUCGUUUUCAUGGGACUGCAGGGCUUCGAUCUUUUCCAGACCACCGACCUCCUCGAUCAUGAUGCAGAGUUUCUCGACUUCUAAAACAUUCUGUGAGUGGAGGCAGAAUAUGCCGCCUGUUAUUUUUCUAUUUUCCACAGUGUUACUACUUUGUUACUCUGACAUAAUGAAGUCAGGUUUUCUGUUAGUUGAAGAGAGAUUCAUUCAGAAUCUGGACGUCAUUGAAUAGCGUUGAAUCUUUGGCCAUGCACCAAAUCUUUUAUUUUUUUUAAAUCGGUCAAACAAAAGAAAAUCAAUGUCCUCUUCAGCAAAUUACACAAAUCAAACGUAUUCACUUUGUCUGUUUAGAAAGGACUUCUUAUAAUGUCGGUGCAUUUAAGAUUUCACUGCUGCGGUCAUUAAGUGUGAUACAGCUCUUCUGAGGUUUUCACUCUUACAUUCACUAUGUUAUCACAAUAUCUAGCCGUUCUAGUUGAACGGCCCUACGGCGUUCAACUAUUUGGAUAUUGAGCCUCUUUCAAAAACAAACAGCAAGAUCAGUGAGAGGUUGAUUGUUCUCUUUGUGGUUACACUAACGGUUAACGUAAGGACUCUUUUUUUUUGCUUAGUGGACUCCAGGUUCUUUUUUUUUGUAAUCUUUAUCUUGUAGGUCAGUUCUACAACGUCUGUCAUAACUCUUGGUUAAUAGUGACAUUUAAACAUUUAUGAUGAGUUUGUGGGUAUUGUAUUUUUAAAUGAUAUCCAAUGUUUACUUGUUUUUACACUCCAAAAGAUGCUUAUUAUUAUUAUUGCUGUUUUUUCGUCUUUCAUUCAAAUACUUUUUUUUUUUAAUGUCUGCUGGUUUUGAGAAGAAGGCCUUUUUGUAAUGCUGUGUGAAAUAAAAACUAACUGAUCCUA